CGGGGAGGGGCGGCGGCCGCUCCCGCCGAGGAGGAGCGCGGGCGGCGGGCGGGGGCAGCGCUGCCGGGACCGGCUGAGGGCCCGCGCCCCGCAGCGCUCGGGCCGCCCGCGGCCGUGGCCGGGGUGCGAGAUGGCCGCCGGCGGGAGCCGCGCCGUCCUAGGGCUGUGGCUGCUGGCGGCGGGGCUGUGCGGCGCGGUGGCGGCGGGCAGGUCCCCCAGCUGCCACGAAGUGCGGACGGCGUUCCAGCUGCGGCAGAUCGGGCCCCUCAAGCUGGUCCCCGACGUGCCCACGGCCGAGUCAGAUUUACAGAUCUGUCAGCACAGGGCACCAACAUGCUGCACCAAAAAAAUGGAAGAAAGCUACCAGGCAGCUGUUCGAAGGGAGAGGACUCAGAGCAUCCAGGCACUGAACUUUGAGCUGAAGUACAUGAUUGUUGGUCACAUCACAGCUUUCCAAGAGGCCUUUGAGUCUUUGCUUCGCUUUGCUGAAAACCGCACAAGUUCCCUGUUUGAGACAGCUUACAGACCUAUGGCAAAAGAAGCAGCAGAGCCUGUUAAGGAGCUUUUUACAGACAUCUCUCUCUACAUUCUGGGCGCAGAGACCACGGUGGAAAGCGCGGUGCUGCGGUUCUUUGACAGUCUCUUUCCUCUGGUGUACAGCCGGCUAAUAAACCCAGGAAUUACAGAUCUGUCAGAGGACUAUACGGAGUGUCUACGGCUUACAAGGCAAGACAUAAAUCCUUUUGGACACUAUUCUAAAAACUUGGUUACAGAGCUGUCAAAAUCCCUUUGGGCCAGCAGGAUGCUGAGCCAGGCCCUGAGCCUGGGCAUUGAAGUGAUAAAUACCACUGAGCACGCCGCCCUGAGCAAGGAGUGCAGCAGAGCCCUGGUGAAGAUGCAGUACUGCCCGCACUGCCAGGGCCUGACGCUCAUCAGGCCCUGUGUGGGCUAUUGUCUCAAUGUCAUGAGGGGCUGCCUGGCCAGCGUGUCCGAGCUGGAUGCACAAUGGAGGGAGUUCAUCUCCACGCUGGAGUAUCUGGUGAAUGAAAUGGCUGCCUCCCACGAGCUGGAGGUCGCGCUGUCGGGGAUCUGGAACGCCAUCAACGAGGCCAUCCUGCACGCGCAGCUGAACGGGCCGCAGCUCUCUGCCACCGUGGAUAAAGUGUGUGGACAGCCCAGACAGCAAGGGGCGAACCUGUCUUCAGCCAGUGUGGUGCCAGUGAAGGCAGUGACUGAAACCCAGCCGUUUGUGAUGGCUCACACCAGCCUGAGCAAUAAAAGAAGAGAGUUCAUCACGUACAUGAAGCGCUCCCGAACCUUCUAUGCCUCUAUAGCAGAAAGGCUUUGUGAUGGGGACCUGGUGAUGAGAGACAGCUCGACCUGCUGGAAUGGAGAGGAUGUCGUGGAAAGUUACACCAGCAGAGUUGUUUCCAAUGGACUGAAGGCACAAAUUAAUAAUCCGGAACUGAAAGUCAGAGGGUUGGACCCACUCAUCAACAAUUUAAUUAAAAAACUUCAGCACUUUAAUCAACUGGAUGCUGAGAAGGCGAAGCUGAAGCUGGAGAGGUGGGGACCCCGGGAUGCUGGCAGCGGGGCAGGAAGGAGCGAGGAGCUGGAGUCCAGCGGAGACUGUGAUGAUGAGGAUGGCUGCCAAGGAUCCGGGGACAGGAUGCACACAGCAGAUAUACUCAAGGACAAGAAAACCCAUCCAGAAAACAGAAAUGAACCAAAACCAACCGUGAAAAAGAUUGACACCACAACCACCACAAGCACUGUCAAGUCAUCCUCCAAACACAGUGUAACUGGAAGUGGGAGCAGCGCAGCCCCGAGUCCCUCCCUUGCUGUCCUGGCAGCACUGGCAGUCGUGUGGCACUGUCCCCUGUAGCUGCAUUGCCCUGCAGAUGCUGUGCUAGUGCUCCUGUUCACUGUCACCGAUACCUGCAGCCUUACCCGACCGGAAACAAAUGGAAAUGGCUCUUUGUUGAUGUGAUUUGUUUGGAGAAAUAAAAAGGGAAAUGCUGGAGUUGGCAGAUACCAAGUGUCAUCCCUUACAAUGUCUGAAGAUAGCCUUUGGCAAAGCCCACCCAAGGUACAGCAAGGGUGAUCACAAGGGUCUGAGUACCUUAAGUUAUGGGGUAGAAAUACCUGAAAACACAGAAAUUGUGUAUGUGUGUGUUACUGUUUUUAUCGAUUUCAUUUGCUAGACUCUGACUGGCUGUUGUUUAUUUGUUUAAUUUUUCUGGUAAGUUAUAUGAAUGGUCGGUCUUCAAAUUCAAGGCAACCCAUACUUUGUUUUCUUUAGUGAACAGUUAACAAGCUGUGCUGCAGCUCACAGAAUCACAGAACCUUAUGGGGUUGGGAUGGCCCUUAAAGGUCAUCAAGUCCCAGCCCCUGCCACAGCCAGGGACACCUCCCACCAGCCCAGGUGCCAGCUUGCUCCCUGUACAGUGAGUGCUCUCUACCAGCUUGAGGAAAUUCCUGAGUGGCCAAGGAGAUCAAAACAUGUUUGAAACUUCUUUACACUCCUAUUGUUUAGAUUGUAGGAAGCAACAUAAAAACAUAUGGUGUGUCUAAUAUAUCAGUGUAGUUGCCUUAACUGUGGAAAAAAUAGAACCACUUUGUUUACUGAGGGACAUAGAUAGUGAGUUUCCCUGCCCCACAAAAUGUCAUUACCAGAUGCUUAAGCAUAUGCUCAAGGCUUAUUGGAUGAAUGUCCAGCAAAGGGAAACAUAAAUAAACAUAAUAAUGUUUUAUCCACUUGAAUGCAGCUCUGUACAGAAAAAAAAAAUUAAAGGAAAAAAAAGAUUAUUCAGUUCAAACUUACUUUGCCUAUGAGAUGUUACAUAGAAACCAACUUAAGUUUUCCAUAAAGGUCCCAGAGAUAUAAAUUAUUGGGAACGCCCAUUAGACACUAACUAGAUUUUGUGCAUUAUGGAUCUCUGAAAUCAACUGUUUCAUAAACUGUGUAUUAUUUAAUUACAUUUAAUGUUUAAAAUUUUGUAUCACGUUAGGUGUAAAUGUAAAACAUUCUGAAAUCUAGGACAUUCUCUGUUAUUCUUCUCUUAAUUACUACCCUAGAAAAUGUCAAAUGUGCAUUAUAUUACAACGCUAUUUUUUUUAAGUCAAUGAUACAUUGAUGCAUUUUAACUUUUUGGAUGAAAAAGUAUUAUACUUACUUCUAAUGGGUUAAGAGUUAAUGUGUGUUUUCCAACAACUGUUUACAGUGCCAUUGAAUAUGUGUAUACAAACACAACUGUAUGAAUACAGUGAUUAAUAUGAUAAAUAUAUGAAACAUUAGAAUUGUUAUAUUUACUACAUUUCAUAACUAUUACAACCGUUUAAUGGCCAUUUUCAUGUUGUAGACUAUUCUUAUGUACAGUUUUGUAAGAUUUAAUGUAAAACACUUGCCUCUGGUUUUUUGUAAAACAUCUCUUUGAUACUUGGCGUUACCCAAUCCCUGAGGUUACUCAGAAGAAGAGCCCUGUAUCUCACUAAGCAGCUGCAGGCAUUUUAUUGGCAGCUUUGAUUACAGAGGCCUGACUCCCAGAAGGUGCCAUGGGCCAGGCUUACUGCUGGGUGUCACCACACAGGAGGGGACAACAGCACAGAACAAGCAGACAAUCAGUGAACAGAGGCUCACUACACUUGCACGUUUCCAGACAGUACCAGUGAAUAUAUCUAAUUGUGUUUGCAAAGGUGGGGCUUGAGUUUUCCAGUUUUGGUUCCUAGAUCUUUGUAACAUAAAGGUAUAAUCAGAACCAUGGAUGCACCCAGCUGCAAAGGCUGUACUUCUAAAGUGGCAGCAGCCACUUUAUCUUCUAAAAGAUAAUUUGAUUUUAAUGUUGAAACAAGGAGAUAAAAUGGAGAAGAUAUAUUAAUAUCAAGUGGUUUAUAUUUUAACUCUGAUUUUUCACAAUGAGAUGGAUAUUAAUAUCCCUAAGGAAUGUUUCCCAGUCUGGUCAGUUUUCCCACAAGUAUUUAAAUAGCUGUCCUGUGUUUUCCAGGGUUUGUGAGCUGCACCAGUCUAUGGAACCAUAAUUAAAAAUGCUGCUUCUUGUAUUCAUUCUCGGUGCCCUUUGGAAAAGUGCUGUGGAGGUGUGCAGGUCUCACCCCUUGAGCAGUGGAAGGACUCUGUCAUGCCUGGCACUCAGAGAAUCCUGCCCUGUGAUGGCUGAGUCAGGCAGGAGCUCUCUGUGCACACACAGAAAUGCACCCCGGGUGCUCACAGUCCCCACCUGCCCCCCAGCUCACACAAGCCCUGUGGCUUCCCUGGAGCAGUUCCUGGUGCUUGCCAGCCUGACUGCUGAUUUGUGUUCUCACGCUCACAGUGCUCAGUCUUCACUCAGGCACUGAAAGUGCCCGUCAGGAUUCCUAUGGCUGGAGGUUUCAGGGCCCGGCUCCAGUCCUGCCACAGUCAGCUGUGCAGUUGCAGUUUUCAGGUUUUUCUCCUCUGCAGAGAGGGAACUCAAACAGCCAGAGCCAGGUGUGUUUCUGAGCUCUGUUCUGGAACAGGUUUGAGCAGCAAUCUCAUCUCACCAGCCAUGUGUUCAGCUGCAGCAGAAAGAGCUGCAAAAGCCCGCAGGAGGCAAGUAUGCCAUAAUUCACCCAGGGAGGAGUUUGUUGUUGCUAAAUGUCAUCAUUUUGCUAAACAGAAACCUCUGAAAAAUCAAGGGUUUGGAUUUGGGGAUUGGUUGGCGAAUAUUUGUAUUCAUCUCUCAAGCUAAACAAGAUAACCCUUUAAAAGUUUCUGCAACAAAACACAAGAAGUUCAAAUUGUGGGGUGAGAUAGAAUCAGUUAUUUCAUUGGACUCAACCAAUAUUUUGGUAAGACACGACUUGCUGCAGAAUGAGGGAAGAGGGCUCUACAUCAAUUAGUACAUUUCAUGCAAAAACACUUCUACACUGUAAGACAAGUACUGGUCAAACCAGCGUGAAAUAUGUUCACAGUGAGCAUCAAAAAUGGUGCCAUUUUAAAGGGCAAUACAGUUUAUUUUUACUGGUGGUUUAUGAUGUUUUUUUCCCUCAGGAUCAGUUGUAUUUACAUAUUUUAAAAAGAAUGUUUUCCAUCAAACAAACCAUCUACACCAGCAAAGGCAAAAGCUACUGGCUGUGUCAGAUAAAGGACACGUUCAUUUUCAGAUCAAUAAGAUACCUGCUUUACAAAGUCUUAGUUUGUUACCCAGGACACUGUAAUUAUGAUGUAAUUACAAAGGUCUAAAUUCAAAAUACUUUUGAACUUGUCUGUGUAAUCUCAGUGUAAAAUAAGGUACCAGUCUAAGAGCAUUGCUGUAGCCUUGCCUAACAGUUACGAAUUGUAUUUAGCCACUGCUUUCUGAUUGUUUAUUGUUUUGCUAUGACUUUCUUUGAGUAUUUUGCUGUGCCCACAUUUCUGAAUGCCAGCAUUGGAAAGUAACUGCUGUCAUACAUUUGUGAGUAAAAUCAACGUACAAUUUUCUGUUGGGAGUGAUGCAGGCUUUUUACCAAAUCAGACAAAGCUGCCACGGGUACAGUGUCGGUUCUUAGUGUUUCACUGCUCUUCAGGCUCUGUGUUCUGCAAGAGGCUCAGGUCUGUGGGUCUCCAGUGCCCUUCCUGGCUGUGAAAGCACCAGGGGAGGAUGGGCGUGGGUGGGCAGAGGCGUGGGUGGCUGCAGGGUGCCCGGGCACGGCAGCCUCCAGCUGGCUGCCCUGAGCCCAGUGUUCUCAGCUAAUUUCAAGCAGCUUUUACACCUCUCCAAAUCAUCUCUUGGAGUCUGGCCAGGCAAAGAGCAGCAGAGAAUCAAGAGACUGCACUUUCAGACAACUUCACAGCCACCUGCUAGGAAUUGGACUUUCUUUGCAGUUUAGAUGCUUUGCACAGUCUGGCCUCUCGCACUCUUUUCUGCCUUGCACAUUUCAGUGCUGUGCCCUGUUUUCUAGUGCAACUUCAUAAUUACAUAAGGAACUGUGAUUCUGAUCUCUCAGUAAUGAACCUUUUGAGGUAAAAAUGUCUGUCAGAGCUUGAUAAGGGCACACAAAUGAUACUGUCCAGCUGCGUUGACUUCAGAGGCUCCGUGCGUGGGUAUCUGGCUGUGAGAUUCACAUCUCUCUGAUCUCUUAAAUCAGAUCUGUGAUUAAAACAGCCCUAUUCCCUUUUGAAAACAAGACUGCGACACAGAGAAAAAUUUUAAAUUUGACUCUCUCAUCCUGUAUGAGUCUUCUCUGUGUUGUCCUAAUGGAUGUUGUGUACAGACCUGAUUUAUAUUAGUCAAGCCUUUUUGCCCAUAUUUACUGAGAUAUUCAGUAUUGCACAUUAUUUGGUUUCAGCGAGGUCUAUUCAAGUGAGAAGAAACACACAUUGAAGUGACAUACUGAGCAGGACAAAAAAUCCAGAAAGUUCCCACAUUCAUGCAUGGAACUCGUCAUAUCAAACAGAGUUUACAGUCAAAAUUUCCUAGCUAGUAUGGUGUCAAAGGGAUUUCAGCUUUUUAUUUUAAGCUGAUAAGCAGUCUACCCAUUUUAAAGUGGAAAUCAGUUGAUACACAUACUUUCUUCAUGUCUCCUCAUGUGAUCAAGUUUAGAUCUGUAGGUGACAUUCUCUGUCUUGCACACUGAAAGUGCCUAAUGUUACCACUGGCCAUAAGUACAAAGCAUUUAUUUUCAUUUAUAGCA